GAUAAAAAUCAGACUGCGAAACAACAAAAUAGAAGUGCAGUAAACAGUGAGAGGGAGAAUAGUGUUGAGGCUUCAAGGCGGUUUACAGCUAGAUAAAUAUGUUCACAUCCUGUUCGAUCGGAUUAUGACAUUACAUGCAUCGUGGUGACAUGCAAAAGAUAAGCAGACUCGUUUUUUAAAAUAUACGAUUGCACACAUUUCCGACAGCGAGAACGAGUUUGACAUGGAAGUGAAGCGCUAGCCAGCAAACGUAGCACUUUAUUUUCACUGUCAUAAAAUAACCUGGAAGAUUAUAGACAUCGGGUGGUAUGGAAAACUGUCCAUAGAGAUCACCUAAUUCGCUUUUUAUAUGGAUUUUAGCCCAACUACAAAUAGAGGAUAUUUUUUAAAAGCGUUGAUCAGCUGUCAAUAUGGCCGAAAUAAAGUCGCUCAGUGAGUCUGACGAUGAAGAUCUACACUCCACAGAUCCUGAGGGUAAGGACAAGAGCAAAGACAAGAAGAUACUGUGCAAAGUCAAAUGGUCUUGUGACGAGGAUGAGAGGCUGAAGAAGUUAGUGGAGCAGCAUGGAACAGACUCCUGGAAAUUAGUAGCUAAUCAUUUCCCAGGGAGGACAGAUGGCCAGUGUCAGCACCGCUGGCAGAAAGUGCUCAACCCAGAGCUGGUGAAAGGACCCUGGACAAAAGAGGAGGAUCAGAAGGUGAUCGACCUGGUGCACAAAUAUGGCCCCAAGCGCUGGUCGGUGAUCGCUAAGCACCUGCAGGGACGCAUCGGAAAGCAAUGUCGUGAGCGCUGGCACAACCACCUGAACCCUGAAGUAAAGAAGUCCUCCUGGACCCAGGAGGAGGACUGCAUCAUCUACCAGGCCCACAAACGCCUGGGCAACCGCUGGGCUGAGAUAUCCAAGCUGCUGCCUGGAAGGACGGACAAUUCCAUUAAGAACCACUGGAACUCCACCAUGCGGAGGAAGGUAGAGCACGAGGGGUAUCUUCAGGAGGGCUGCAGGGGAUUCGGCUUUGACCAUGGGGGGGUGAAGAGAAGUCACCACAGACCCUGUGUCCCCCAACCAGACACCCCCCACCACGGGCACAGCCCUCUGGGAAUGGAAGGACCAACACAGCUCGGGGGUUACCCUUAUAGCCCUCACUGUGGCCAACUGAUGGACAGCCUCCAAGACUCCUCCAGCUACUUAUCGCCGUCCUGCCAUGACGACCCAGACAAAGAGCAGAGAAUUAAGGAGCUUGAGCUUCUGCUUAUGUCAGCAGAGACCGAGGUCCGGAGACAGGCCCAGUGCCGAGGCCCAUGUAAUGUGGAGCGUUACUCCAGCUGGGCAGACAGCGUGUCAGACGACACCAUGACCACCAGCAGCAGCAGUCUGGAGGAUCAGGCUGAGGGAGGCUGGAGGGGGUCAAAGGAGGGCCGGGGCCCCCCGAUGGAGCAGGCUGAGGAGAGCUGGAGGGGCCCAGAGGAGGGCCGGGGCCCCCCGAUGGAGCAGGCUGAGGAGGGCUGGAGGGGCCCAGAGGAGGGCCGAGGGCUCCAGGUCCAGCACCACGUCUCCCCCAAUAAGUUCCUGUCUGUGGAGGCUAAUUCCGUGCUCUCCACCUUGCAGACCAUCCCAGAGUUCGCAGAGUCCAUGGAGCUCAUCGACUCGAUGUGUCUGGCUCUACAGGACCCUAUGACGUGGAGCGAGGCGUCCAGCUUCGACAUGUCUGAGGUGACUACCCCCCCGAAACAAACACAAGGGGGCUACGCACCCCAGGGGAGAACCACAGAGGGGAUGAGGUACGCAGUUGACCACCCCAACGGCACCUCCACCAAGCACUGUGCCCCCAUGGGUCAGGGGAAGGCCCCACCCCACACCCCGAACAACAUGCCCAGAUCAAGUUUGCCUACCCUGGGGAGGAGGAAGAGGGGGGACCAGUCCCCUGAUAGGAGUUGCCCAUCCUUCUUAGACUCACCAAGCACCAACUCGCCCAAGAACACCCCCACGAAAGCACUGCCCUUCUCCCCCUCCCAGUUCUUCAACACAUCAGGAGGAGAGCAUCUGAGCCUGGACAAUCCAGCUCUGACCUCCACCCCGGUCUGUGACCAGAAGUGUCUCCUCAACACACCCUUCCAGAGGGAGACCACGCCCAAACACCAGAAAGAGAAUGUGGGUUUCAGGACCCCUAAGAUCCAUAAGUCCAUCAUGGUUCCGACUCCCAGAACUCCUACUCCGUUUAAGAAUGCCCUGGCCGCCCAGGAGAAGAUGCAUGGGCCACUAAAGAUGGUGCCCCAGUCCCUGGCCUUCCUGGAGGAAGACCUCAGGGAGGUGCUGAAGCAGGAGAUCAGAUCAGACAUCUUCACCAGGGAACUACAACCACAUUUCACAACAUGGAAACAUGAUGUGGAUGGGCCAGCCAGGAAGGUGCGUAAGUCCCUGGUGCUGGACUCCUGGGGGAAAGACUGUCUUAACGUCCAGCUAUUCCAGGAACAGCGCAAUAAUGCACAGGUCCCAGAGGAGAGUCUCCUGACCAGCUCCUUACUGAUGACCCCCCUCCCUGAGAGAGACAGAGAGGAGCACCCCUGCACCCCCUCGUCUGGGAGGGAGGGGUCCUGUGCCCCCCUACUCUACCUCCCCAGCCCCCGCAAGAGGAAGAACCCCCCUUCGGUCAGAAUGUCCCACCAUGAUUCACUUAGACAGGUAAAAAGCGAGUGGGAAGCAGUGGUUUAUGGGAAGACUGAGGACCAGCGGAUCAUGACAGAGCAGGCCCGGCAGUAUCUGGGUAGUACCUACCCAUCCUCCGCCUGCACCUCGAGGGCCCUCGUCCUCUGAGGCCUAUGUCACCACACACUACACCAGUGUGGCAGAGUUGCUAUGUAAACCACGCUCCUUCUCCUAACGACUCUUAGCAUACUUAGACAAUCUGGUGUAGGCAACUCAAAUAAUUUUGAAAGUUGUGUAUUGAUAAGAUCCCUAAGUGAACACUCAAGUGUACCACAGAAUACUUUACAGAAAAAGCCAAGUCAAGCAUUUUUUUUCUCAGUCACACUACCCAAGAACCUUGACGUCCUUGAUUUGAGUUUUUGUAGCCAUAAAUUCCUUGGUUUGUCUUUUGAAUACACACAAGCCUAGCCAUGUAACAGGUUUGUACAGAUAAGAAAUACUAGAUUCUCUGCACUAUAAUGUGUUAAAACGGAACAACCUGCACAUACAGUAAGUAGUAAGCUGUAGAAAUAGACUGAUUAUUACUAGCAGUGGCUGAGUCUCAUAUUGUUCAUAUAUUGUUUAAAUAAAAAUGAAAAAAAUCUGUUUUAUGAUGUAAUAUUACACGUAUAUGUAUAUUUUCUAACUUGUUUGUAGAACUACCCUGUACUGCUACACCUGUUGUUUUGAAGUCUUAGGAGAGAGACAGAGCGCUGUCUGUAUGGCACUACUGAGUUGGGGUUGGCUGCAGAGAAGCCAUCAGUGUUGAGGUGACUGGAUAGCACUUGUGAUGUGACUGUAUUGUUUCAAAACGCAAUCAAGUUUCUGUUCCAAGGCCAUACUUUCCUUUUGCUGUCUCGAGUUGAGACAUUUGUUGAAUGUAUUUCAUAGCGUGAAACUGCGAAGAAACUCCAAAUGGAAGGGUACUUUUCCCCCCGUAUUUUAUUUAUUAUCUGUAUUCUAAAACAUAGAUAUUAAUAUAAGUGUAAAUUGAACACAUUCUCCUUUGAGAACUUCCUAAAGCCUUUCCCUGCCCCUAAGAUUUGAUCUGUCAGUUCUACUUCUUACCUUCUAUUGAUCUAGGUUGUGAUUGGGGAAGGGUACACUGAUCUAAAAAUCAGAAUCCAGUUGUCAUGUUUGCUACUGACCAAUAGUGCUCAGUGUGCUAAAACGACCAUGUUUAGUUGAGGGGAUCCUCCUGUUCGCAUGAAGGCUGUAUGUUCUAUUUAUUCAAUGUUUACUCAUUUAUUUAUUUAAAUACAAAGAUAAAUGAUCAAAUAAUUAUAUUUUCUUCUUAUCAGAAAAGGAUUGGGCUACCUUUCACCUAAUCUCUCCAAAUUCGACAUAACAAGCAAACAUGCACUGCCACUAAUUCCUUUUUAUUCAGUAAUUGUUUUAACUAUCAGAUUGAGUUAAUUACCAUUCGUAUAGUGACAUCACUGAGUUGUUAUUGAUAGAACAGUUUCCCCUGGAAUCAGUUGUUUUUUUUGUAGCAGGACCCAGUCUCUAAUCAUAGACAAAUUGCACUUUGCUCAUUGUUUUAAGUGUUGUUUCGUUCAUUUGUUUGAGCAUGACCUAGCUCGUUUUAUGUGUGUGUGUUUUGGUCAUUUUUUUCAAAUCCAAUGCCGUUAGAUGAAUGUCUCACUACAUGUGACAAUUGAACAUUGACCUAAAUAGGUAUAGAUGGAGCUGCUUGAUGUAUGUUUUUACAUGGCAUGUAAAGAUUGAGCUUUUUGUAAAGAUGGAAAUAUUGUAAAGAUUAAGCUUUGUUUUUUUUUGAUCAAUUGUUUAUCAGUAAUAAUCACCAGGACAAUAUAAGAUUUUCAACAGACAAAAUAUUAUUUUUUGUUGUAUGUCUUCAUGUGACAAUGCAGUUUUCUAUAGCUCUGUUUGGUUACCUCUGUAAUAAAAGGGUGCAGCAGAGUAUCUAUGGUCCCUGUGGUGAUGGUUGGUGUCAUUCGUUCCAACGGUCUUCCAGCUGUUUAGAAUCGGGAUUAUAAUUUGGAUUAUAAUCUGGAUUAUCUAGCAUUAAGUGUGUUUGACAAUAAAAAGGGAAUCUCCUCGGGAGAGUUCACAAGGAAAGAUCAUGUAUGUUCACCCUCUCUGAGCUCCACAGAGCUUCAGUCUCUGAUCUUUCUUAUUUUCCUUCAUCGGCUACACUAAAUGUGUAUGUUCUGUUGGUUGGUUUGACUUCAGUGUGUUUGGUUUGUAACAUGUUUGUAUGUUAAUACUUGGACAUCUAACCCUAUGUUAUGAGGGAAUGAAGUACAUUUAUAGUAGUUGUUGUCAUAAUCAUGCAUGAACAACAAGCAAUACGCUGGACCUUUCCAGUACCAUGUUUGUACAGUAAUCACAUACGUAACACUUGUCUUGUUUUCUGCUGUAAUCGUAACCAGGCAACACAGAAUUCUUGCCAACUGCAAAUGGAACCAUGUACUUAAUAUGGAAUAGUAAUAAAAUGUUAU